GGCGCUGCCGCAGGCGUUGCUGUCCUUCCAGGACGCCGUCGAGGACCUGGUGCUGAACCGCAACGCGCUGGGCAAGGCGGACGACCCCCUGGAGAUGCUGACGCGGCUGCCGCGGCUGCGGCGCCUGCAACUGCGACACAACCAGCUCCGCCACCUCCCGGCGCACCUGCCCAAGCUGGUGCACCUGGUGCACCUGGACCUCGGCGACAACAACAUCGACGCGCUGCCCGAUGACGUCGACGGCAUGGCCAACCUGGAGGAGCUCCGCCUGGACCGCAACUCCCUGCGCGCGCUGCCCGCCGCCCUGACCCGCCUGCCGCGCCUGCGCGCGCUCUCCGCGGCCUACAACCUGCUGGAGGCCGUGCCCGCCUCCCUGCUGGCCAUGCGGGCGCUCACCCUGCUGGACCUGCAAGGGAACCGGAUAUCCGAGGAUGGACUCCCGCUGCCGGCCCCGGUGCCCGACAAGGACAACCUGGACCCCCUGGGCCCGCCGGGGAGGGUCAGCCUGCGCGCCAACCUGCUCAAGGGCCACAUCAUCCUGGGCAACUACGGGAACUUGACCCAGCUGGACGUGAGCGAGAACGCCAUCGAGGUGCUGGACCUGAGCGCGCUGAGCAAGCUGCAGACGCUGCAGUGCUCCAGGAACAGCCUCCGGGAGCUGUCCGUCAACGGGCGCCACCUCACCUCCCUCAUCGCCGGCAACAACCAACUCCGGACGCUCAACGCCUCCCCGACGCCGCUGCAGUUGGAGCAUCUCGAUGUGUCUUACAACUGCCUGGCCUCGCUGCCCGCGUGGGUGGGCGGCUGCUCGCGGCUGCGCGCCCUGUUCGCCUCGCACAACGACCUGACGGCCGUGCCCCAGCAGCUGCUGAGCGGCCAGCUGCCCCACCUGCACACGCUGCAGCUGUCCUACAACCAGCUGCAGCAGCUACCGGCCGCCAGCAGUCGCCUGCCGCUGGCCCUGCACCACUUGUUCCUGCAGAGCAACCGCCUGGCCGCCCUGCCGAGUCACCUCUUCGCCGUGGCCACCAGGCUCCGCGUGCUCAACGUGUCCAACAACCGGCUGGAGGAGCUGCCGCCGCCCGCGCCUCUGCAGGACCUGGAGGGCGACCGGGGCAGCCCGCUGGACAAGCUGUACCUCACGGCCAACUGCCUGGGCGACGCGGCGCUGCGAGGACUGGCGGCCUUCCGAAGGCUGCGCACCCUGCACGCCGCCUACAACCACCUGUCGCUGCUGCCUGACAGCUGCGUGGCGUCAUGGCCCGACCUGGAGGAGCUGGUGCUGUCGGGGAACACGCUGCGCAACCUGCCGGAGAACAUCGUGCAGCUGCGCCACCUGCGCGUGCUGCGCGUGCACUCGAACCAGCUGCGCAACAGCCCCUGCUUCGCCCGGAUGACGUCCCUCAAGGUGCUGGACCUGUCGCACAACCAGCUGGACCGCGUGAGCCUGGCCAAGCUGGCGCCGCCGCAGCUGCAGUUCCUGGACCUGUCCUGCAACUCGCGGCUCCACGUCGACCCCCGCCAGUUCAGCGUGUACCGGUCGCAGCGCCAGGGCGGCCCCGCCACCAUCAGCCUGGUGGACGUCUCGGGGCUGAACCGGAGCGCGCUGCCCACCGCGCCGCCCGUCCGGUCGCCGCCCACGCCCUGGGCCGUCGGCUUCUCGGAGACGCCGGGGCUGCGCGAACGGUUGUACAUAUCCCAGCUUCGACUGCCGGCCUUCUGCAGCUCGGAGGGGCUCUUCGGCCUGUUCGACGGCGGUGGCGAGGGGUCGCUCCCCGCCGCCCUGGUCAAGGCCGUGCCCCGCAUCCUGCUGGAGGAGCGCGCCGUGGCCGAGACGGCCGCCGACUACCUCAAGUACACGCUGCUGUCGGCGCACCGCGAGCUGCGCGAGCACGGCCAGAAGCAGGGCGCGUGCGCCACGCUCGUGCACGUGUCGCCGCGCGGCUCGCGCUACGUGCUGCGGGUGGCGAGCGUGGGCGAGGCCAAGGCCAUCCUGGCGCGCACCGACGGGCCCAUGACCCUCACCAGGGAGCAGGCGCCCGGCAGCAGCAGGCAUCCCCUGGAGAGCGCCGUGCGGUCGCAGCUGGGGUGCUCCGCGCUGUUCCCGCUGGUGCUGCCCGACCCCCACGUCGUGGAGCUGGAGCUGCGGGAGUCGGACGACUUCCUGGUGCUGGCCAACCAGCGCCUGUGGGAGGUGGUGUCGGAGCGGGAGGCGGUGCAGGAGGUCCGGGCGGCCUCCUCGCCGCUGCUGGCGGCCAAGCGCCUGCAGGACGUGGCGCAGAGCUACGGCUGCGAGGACAACGUGAGCGUGCUGGUGCUGCGGCUGGGGGCGCUGACGGCCAGCGUGCAGGGCCAGCAGGGCCAGGCCCACUGCGUGGUCACGGACUUGAGCUCCACGCUCCGCAGCCACCGCCACACGCUUCCCGACGUCGCCGACGACAGCAUAUCGCCGUGCUCGUGCUGCGCGCCGUGCUGCCGCUGCCGCCACGACCGCUCCUCGCCGUCCGGGCAGAGUGACCAGGCGAGCUGCGAGUCGCGGACCGCCCUGCCCGUGCCGCACAUGGCCAACGUGACCAUGGCGCCGCAGCCCGCGCCGCGCCGCCCCACCGGCACCGUGUCCAGCGGCACGGGCAUCUUCAAGUCCGUGCGCUGCCGCGUGGACAACGGUUACAGCCAGGGCUACAGCCAAGGCUACAGCAGCCACCGCGGGACGGGCACCAGUGGCUCGGGCGGCUCGGGGUGCUCCGACUCCGGCGGCGACACGAGCGGCUCCGGCGGCUCGGGCUCGGACCGGUCGCACCUCAGCGAGGAGCAGUUCCGCUGCUGGGAGUACAUGCUGGAGCAGAACACGCAGCUGCUGUUCGACAAGGAGCUGGACACGCUGUCGAGGGCCUUCACCAGGACGGGGCCCAGCAGGCCGCUCGCCAUGCCGGUGCACGCGGCCCGCGGCCUGGGCCAAGGCCUGGGCAGCCGCGCCCUGUCGUCGUCUUCGCCGCACCUGGCGGCGUCGGCGUCCCGGCCGAUGCAGCUGCUGCACACGGGGCCCAACGCCGCCUACUUCGGGUCGCUGCAGCGACUCAUGCCCUACAACCUCGAGUACGACUUCGACGUGAUCCACGAGCGGGCCGAGAGCCGCAGCGCCAACGGACACAGCAUCAGCUCGCUGGCCGACCGCGACCGCGGCGACCAGGACUCGCUGGAGCAGGACGGCCGGAUGAGGAAGUACUGGGACGUGGCCACCACGGAGCUGUAGGCCAAUCGGGCUCCAGUGUACAGAUGUAGACAAGUCUUCGUGUAUCUAUAUGUGAAUAUGUGUAAAUUUGUGUGAGGAUGUUGUGCGUGUUUAAUUUGACACUGAUGACUGAUCUGAAUGAGCAUGAGAGACUCAUGGCAUGAAUCAUGAAUAGCCAAUUACGGUCAUGGAACCAAAAUAUCGGGGAGUUUUCUUCUACUGAAAACUGUCUUAAAAGCAGUAUUAAAUGUAUUUUUUGAUCUAGUCGAUUCAUAAUAGUUUCUUUUAGGCCGCUUUGCUCGCGGUGCAGCGAGCUCACCUGGUCGUUCCUCACUGUUGGUAGCAAAGAGGAAUGACAUGAUCACAAGUGUUUACAAUUUGAAUGUACAAUUUUUCAGAGCAGGUAUUGUUAGGCCUAUGUCCACCCUCUUGUGGCCCAUUUGCUCUUUUUGUUUCCAAACAGUAAAUGCUGGUAAUUUUUUCUUGUUCCAAUUGUGUUGUUUGGCUUUACUGAUUGCUUUAAAUUUUAACUGAAUACUUA